AGAGGCAGAGGCAGAGGGAUUCUCCUCCGCAGCAGCAAGCACAAGCUAUUCAGAUUCAGGCAGCAUCCAUCUCGAGGAGCAGCAAGCAAAACCUGUUGUGCUGUGCGCUCUCACUGCUCUUCGACGAAGACGAGUGGUGGUGGUGGUGGUCCAGUGCUUCUUGUGGCGUGGCUGCUGCUCAGUGCUCACUCACUCGCUGCUUGCACUCGUGUGAAUAUGUUAGUGAAUUUAGCAUGAAACAGCAUCAGUGAUUAGUGCGAAAAAACGAGCGAAACGACCAAGCAAACACCGCUCUUGGAUUACCCUCUCGAGAGACAGUGGUGUGAUUUCGGUGCAAGAUGGCAGUGAUAGGGUUGGCGUCGGCGGUGGCCGGCUUCGUCAAGAUUCGCCACCUGGUCGACAAAGCCGUCAUCGACAACGCCAUUUUCCGCAUGCACUAUCGAGUGACCUCUGCGAUUCUUUUCUUCAGCUGCGUCAUCGUAACCGCCAACAACCUGAUUGGCGACCCCAUCAACUGCAUCGGCGACGGUGCCAUCGACAGACACGUGAUCAACACGUACUGCUGGAUUACGUACACCUUCACCAUGCCAGGCCACAUGCAUAAACCCAUAGGAUCGUCGGUCGCCUAUCCGGGAGUGGGGCCCAUAAUCCCCGGCGAGGAGCCCAUCUACCACUCCUACUACCAGUGGGUGCCGUUUGUCCUCUUUUUCCAGGGCAUUUUGUUCUACGGGCCGCACUACAUCUGGAAGAACUACGAGGACAGCAAGAUGCGCAUGUUGACGGAGGGCCUUCGCGGCCCAAUGUUCCACAGCGUCAACAUGGAGGAGCGGCGUGCCCGGCAGAAAAAGGUGGCCACCUACAUCACCGAGUCGAUGCACACCAACAACACGUACUCGUACUGGUACUUCUUUUGCGAGUUCAUGAAUUUCGUCAACGUGAUUGGAAACAUCUUUUUCGUCAACCGCUUCCUCGGUGGUGCUUUCCUCGACUACGGAACGAAGGUGCUCCAAUUUUCCGAUAUGGACCAGGAGAACAGAACGGAUCCCAUGAUCGCGGUCUUCCCCAGGGUGACCAAGUGCACCUUCCACAAAUACGGCCCUUCAGGCUCGAUCCAGACGCACGACACGCUGUGCAUCCUGGCGUUGAACAUCCUGAACGAGAAGAUCUACAUCUUCCUGUGGUUCUGGUUCAUCCUGCUGGCCGUGGUGACGAGCGUGGCCAUGCUGCUGAGCGCCGCCGUCAUCCUGAUGCCCAACAUCCGCGAGUCGGCCAUCCGGCGCAAGUACAAGCCGCUGAACAACGCCGACAACGUGCCGACCCUGAUCCGCAAGACGCAGCUGGGCGACUUCCUGAUCGUCUACCUGCUGGGCCAGAACGUGUCCCAGACCGUGUACACCGAGGUGAUGGAGGAGGUGAUCCAAAACCUGGAGACCAUCAACAGCAACGGGCCGCCGCCGCCGUCGGCGGCCCCGCCCACCGCGCCCCCCGGACACAUAGAAAUGUCCAAUUUGUACCCCACCGUGGAGAAACGCACUGACGUCUAGCUUUUUUUUAUUUGUAUCGAGAGAGUUUUAAUCACGAUGGAUGGAUGCGGAAAACUGACUGAUGUCCCGGCCAGGUGCAGUGCACUAAUUAUUUGCUAGCAAUUUGUGUGUUUUUAAUUAAUUAAUACUUUGUAUAAGGCCAGGAGAACGGCAGUCUUUUCCAGUGAUCUCAAAAUUACGAACGAACGAACGAACCGAUUCACCAAAUUCUAAUUGUAAGAAGGGGAGCACGCGUAAAUAUGUUUUUAUCAAUCAAAUCAGUCAAUUUUCCGCCAUUCGACAAACCCAACUCCGCCGCCGCCGCCGUAUUAAUUGUAUUUCUAUAUAUCGCUUUGGAUGAAAUCAAAAGGACGCAUGCCAUCUUUCAUUAGUGCAAUUUCUCGAUUAAGUAUUAUAUUUUAUACAUGUAUUUCUUAAAAUUAAGGCAAGAACUGCGAGUUGUGUUCACAAUCCUUUGGAGCUAAACAAUUUGUAAAUACACUCAAUUUUUUUUUAUUAAAAAAAUAAAUAAAACAAACAAACACACACGCGUUUGGUGGCUAAAUUCACGGCCGCGUCGGCGCCUUUCCGCCGCCGGCCACUAAUAACGAAAGAUUGUGAUUUAGUGAUUAGUUUUUUUUAAUAAAAGAAAUUCACUCUUCCACUUAGGAUUAAUGUGAUUCGUCGCUGUAACUUUUAACUCUGUACGUAGUUGGUUAAGAAAACGGAUUUUAUGCAAUGUAAAUCGACGACUUUCCUCUCCGCGCGCUGAGUCCGCCGUGCGAGUGUAUUUCGCUGCGAGAUAUACGAAUAAAACUCGUUAAGACUA